UCCAUUCACUUGAUGCAACAAGUCUCCAUUAUCGAGUCAGCCAACUGGCUCGCGCGCAAGCACGCAGAGGAGUACAACAUUAAGAUGAAGGUAUUUCAGGCCUUCUGCGCUAAAUUCGAAGAAGCUGCGAAACAAUUCACCACUGGACUUAAACGAGAAAUCGCACAAAAGUUCGCCGAUAGCUUCCUAAACUCCUGGAACCAGGCACUCACCAGUGCUAAACCUACUUCUGCGCCUACCCAUAGCAGCGUUGCUGCCUCG